CGGCAGGGCAGGGCAGGGCAACGGCGGUGUUGGUUGGCAGUGCUUGGUUAGAAUAUCGACGUUCUUUGCAGGUCAACUGUCACAGCCAACUCGGCGUGGCUUUCAUUCAAUAUCGUUGUUUGUAUGCAUGCACACUGGGUUCCUGGCGCAGGACCAUUGAGCGCAGAGCUGUUUGCAUCAGCUGCACUUGAGACCUGCAUUGCCCAUUGGGUCACCGGCUGCCGACCUCAUCCUCCCGGCACGCUCAACCUCUGCGUGCCGGGGAAGCCGUUGACGGUUCGCUCACGCUUUUAGUGCAUUCAGGCGUGUUUUGGCUGCCAGCCGAUCACGUCGAGGACACUCACGCUGCGGUCGAGCCCGGCGACAUGGCGCGGCAAGUCUCAGUGGCCAGUGCCGGAGACGCAGGCCUGCUUGGGCCAGCUGGCAUUCCACAGCAUGGCUGCGUGCAUGCCUCCGACUACAAGACUGUUCACGAUGAUCGCAAAGCACCGGGUCGCGAGCUCUUUGCUCGUGCUCUUUCCUACACCUGGCUGCAUAGUCGCAGCCAGCACACCUGCACCGCCUGCAGUGACCUUGAUGCGCAUCACGUUGAGCCUGCCUUCAAUGGCCAGCGUGAUCUGCAUCUCUGCCUCUCUUGCGUAUUUAUCGGCUGCUUCACCUUUUCACAGCCGAAUGGCGAGCCUCCAGCACGCCACAGUCAUGAACACGCCGUUCAGGCCAGCCAUGCUCUCUCCCUCAGCCUCGCACAUCGCCGCGUGUACUGCCACUUUUGCAACGAUUUCAUUUACGACCCUGAUUUUGAGCAUUGGAUUGACACCCAUACCGUAAUGGAGAUGGAAGAUCCCCAUGCUGCCGACCCAGAACGUUUUGCCAAACAGCCUUGGAGCCUGGAUAUCAACACUGACGCCGGUCUGCAGGCGGCCGAGAGCCUGCAAGCCCGAGCCGUGCUCAGUACUCGCUAUACGCCAGGCCUCGGACUGCGUGGGCUGUGCAAUCUCGGCAACACGUGCUUUGUCAAUAGCAUCCUGCAGGCCCUGAUUCACAAUCCUUUGCUACGAAACUUCUUUCUUGCUGACAUGCAUCGACAAUCACCCAGAUGCUUGCGCCUUCAUGAACCCCAAGAUUUCAAUAUCGGCUCACGAAUUGAAGCACGCAGCAGCGAUGGCAGUUUUCAGCCGGCGACCAUUCGUGGAGUGAAUCCCGACAAUUCGUACGCCGUUGAAUGGGACGAUGGCUCCGUACAAGAGGUCAUGCCGCGCAAGAGCAUUCGCUCCAUGGCCGAUGCGACGACAGUACCCUGCCUGGCAUGUGUGUUGGCCCAAUUGUUCAGCGAUGCCUACAACGGCCAGCAUGAACAAAUGAGCACGCAUACCCUUUUGUAUGCCAUCUGGAAGGCGUCAUCACACCUCGCAGGCUACAGUCAACAGGACUCACACGAGUUUUUCAUCUCCCUGCUCGAUGGGCUGCAUCAGCACAUGGUCCAGGAGGGCGUGAAUCCACACAGUAAUGCACACGACUGUGAUUGCAUCAUCCAUCGCGUCUUUACUGGGAAACUACAGUCGGACGUGAGCUGCCAAAGCUGCGGCUUUGUGAGCACCACUUUUGAACCUUUCUGGGAUCUCUCCCUCGGCAUUCGGCGCGCUGCAACUGGAGAUGGACAGUCGGAGCAGCUGGGCGAAGAUGCCAUGGUGACGUGUACCAACUGCAAGGCUAAGCAGCAAGCACACAAACGGUUGACUUUGCAUUCGUUGCCGGUGGCCUUGUGCUUUCACCUGAAACGCUUCCGUCAAGCUUCCUUCACGGCACCAAUUGUUAAGGACCAGGUCUAUGUUCGCUUUUCGCAAGAACUCGACUUGUAUCCGUAUCUAGCUCACGCCAUUGCAACAACCAAAGACGAGCAAGGGGCAUCGCGCCCGUCUUUGCGCGAUGAUGCCUUUACCUACAAUCUCUUUGCAGUUAUUACUCAUAUUGGUACCAUGCAACAGGGUCAUUACAUUGCCCACGUCAAGCAUGGAGGUCAAUGGUACUGCUGCGACGACGGAAACGUGUUUAUGGUGCACGAGCGGGAUGUCUUACAAACCCAGGCGUACAUGCUUUUUUACAUCAAGACUCGUCUCGAGUAUGGUACUCCUUCGAAGGAUGGACCGUGAUUGUGCUUCCUCGCAUCGAGAGAAGACCCCACAUUCUUUGCAGCAAACGUGAGAGAGAUAGAGAGAAGAGAGCGGGAGGGAGAGAGAGAAAGAGAGAGAGAGAGAGAGGAAAGAGAACAAGCAAAAGAGAGUGAAUUGAAUAUCGAGCC